GACAAUUGACACACCCCUUGGAUUACUUAACACAACACAACAAAAUAGUGCGGCGUUUUUCUCUCAUUUUCUGUGUUUUACCUGGAAAAAAGUGAAAAUAUCAUUGUAAUUUCUGUGCAAAAAGAUAAAUAUACAAUGGAUGACGAAGCGGAAACGUACAAAUUGUGGAGAAUUCGCAAAACUGUGAUGCAGCUAAGCCAUGAUAGGGGGUAUUUGGUGACUCAGGAUGAAUUGGAUCUCACUCUGGAACAGUUUAAGGAGACUUUUGGAGACAAACCAAGUGAAAAACACCCCUCACGGCAGGAUUUGACCGUUCUUGUGGCCCACAAUGACGAUCCCACGGAUCAAAUGUUUGUCUUCUUCCCUGAAGAACCGAAAAUUGGCAUAAAAACCAUCAAAACAUACUGCACGCGAAUGCAGGAGGAGAACAUUCAUCGAGCUAUUGUGGUUGUCCAGGCGGGAAUGACACCAUCGGCUAAGCAGUCUCUCGUGGAUAUGGCCCCAAAGUAUAUUCUUGAACAAUUCCUCGAAUCUGAGCUUCUUAUCAACAUCACGGAGCACGAAUUGGUGCCGGAACACGUUGUAAUGACGCCGGAGGAGAAACAGGAACUCCUAUCGCGAUACAAACUCAAGGAAAACAUGCUAAUGCGCAUCCAGGCUGGUGAUCCCGUGGCACGGUACUUUGGGCUAAAGCGUGGGCAGGUGGUGAAGAUUAUUCGCCCCUCGGAGACUGCGGGGCGGUACAUUUCGUAUCGACUGGUGUGCUAAAAUAAAAGAAGCCGCGGGGGUAGAUUUAUAGAAAGAAUAAGGUACGUUUUAUUUUCUUUUUUUUUUCUUGUAUGGAAUUUUGGGCUGAAGAAGAGUUUGGGUCAUUGACACACGCGCACGUCAAAGUUGUGGAAAUUUGAGGAAAAUGCCAAAUGGGUGGAAAAAAUGUGGGUGGUGCAAGAAUUGAUGUAGGAUGGGGGGAGGAAGCUAAUUCGGCAAUAAAUUAAAGUUCGAAUUUCCAACAAUG